GAAAAUCUGAGUCAACUGAGACAUAAAGGGGAUGGCCAUCCCCGCCCUCCAAGGCUGGCACCCCGGCGAAGUCGCCAUCCAACGCCAACUGGGCUACGCGACCGCCGUAUCAUCUCAUUGGACUGCGGUCGAAAACCAGCUUCGUGAACAACAUCAAAUAUUCCACACCUCGAAUUUGCCGUUCAUUCCACUCACGACUACCGAUGCUGAUGGACGGCCCUGGGGUGGAAUAGUUGCAGGAUCGACGGGAACUGUCGGGUUCGUAGACAGUCCAGGUUUAAAGUCGUUGGUUUUCCGAGCACGAUUAUGGGAGGGCGAUCCAAUAUUAUCGACCCUUCAGGGGUGGACAUCAUUGAAAGAUAUCAACAAUCACCAAAUGGAAGGCAGAAUAUCGGAAAAGAGGUCAUUGACCGCUGGGUUGGGGAUCGAAUUUCCGACGCGGAGAAGGAAUAAGUUUGCGGGGAAAAUUUACAUGGUAAAGGCGAUGUCACACCACGAUUAUAUAUUUGAAGUUGAGAUUACUGAGGCGCUGGGCAAUUGUCCAAAGUAUAUAAAUGUGCGUCAACUUGACCCGUUCCCGUGGGCGAAACCAUACCUCGCUUACCAAUCACUGCAUAUGGCACCAACGGAGAAGCUACCUGCGGAAGUGAUUGAUAUCAUAGAAUCCGCCGACACGGUCUUUGUGGCAACAAUACACAGACCUGACGCUACCUCCGCAGCAAUGUUUCCCGCACACGCGGGCAUGAACUCUCGUGGCGGCUUACCCGGGUUUCUACGGGUGAAGCCAUCGGACCGACGCAGCGUUGUCCUGCCUGAUUACUCUGGUAACAGAUUCAUGAAUAGUCUUGGCAAUAUCGAAUCAAGCGGAUUAGCAGGGUUUACGAUCAUCUCUUUCACAACCGGCGACAUCCUGUAUUUGACCGGUGCGGCAAGGAAUUUUGUUGGGCAAUCUGCUCUCCAAAUUAUGUCUAAACACGCAAUAAUUACUGUUCUUGAAACCACCGGAUUUACGCUUGUUCGGAACGCACUACCCGUGAGACAGCGCAAUGGGACGGAAGUUGGGCGCAGUCCCUACACACCCAAAGUCAAAUAUUUGGUCGGAGAACGACAUGCAGAUGCGACUGGUACACAGGGGCACAAGGCAAAACUAGAAAAGGGGAUGCAACCGUCAGAUGACCUGGCCGUUAUCAGGUUUAAUGUAGUCCCUAAGGACGGCAUUCAGCCGUUAAGGAUCCGACCAGGCCAAGCUAUAGUGCUAGAUUCCAUGGACUGGAUUGGUCCACCGCAGUACCAGCAUAUGGCGGAUUCAGCACCUGGGUCGAUUAAUGAUGACCGUGUGCGAACAUGGACAGUAUCUAGCGCACACGAAGAUACCGAUGUCACAUGGUUUGAAUUAACAAUGCGGGAGAUGAUGGGUGGUGUCGUGACAAAAGCUCUGUUUGAUGUCUUGAGGAAUUCGCCGCCAGAUAGAUGGGAUUAUGCUAUUCCUCUUGAGGGAGAUGUUGUCACAGAUAUUGUGGGUGUAACAGGGGAUUUUGCAUUAAAUAAAAAGGAGGUCAACCUGCUGCUAAUUGCUGGAGGAAUCGGGAUCACGCCCAUUCUAGCCAUACUCAAAGCACUGGGUGCACGCGAGAACACCCCACAAGGUGACAUUGUGCUUGUGUUAUCAACAAGAGAGCCGGAUGUCAUGCUUACACUCAUCGAAAUGGCUUUGGAUAAGGUUUCAUCGGCUGUCAAGGUAAAAAUAGAUCUAUUCACCAGCCACUCUGUUAACCUAAAUACCCGAACGCCAAACAAAAGAUGUACAAGCAUCGCUAUAUAUAAAGGUCGACUUGGACAAGAAUACUGGAAAACCAGCGCCACAGACAAAGACGUGUUCAUAUGUGGACCCAAGGCCUUCGCAGAUACUGCUGUGGAUGGAUUACAGUCCAUCAGUGUGCCAAACGAGCUAAUUCAGCGGGAGGGAUUUUAUUAA